GCCUUACUUGUCUACCCCCACCAUGGGUUCCCCACCAAAGCCUUGGGAACGCGCAGGAAGCGUUGUCGCCUCAUCAACAGCCCCAACACUACCCUCGCCGUCGUCUGCAUCCACACCAUCAGUAACAGCGUCAUCGACAACAGCAGCAUCGUCAUCAUCAUCCCCUCCCACCGUUCCAGAACGCCCUUCAUCCUUCACUUCCCCUACAACAGCUACAACAACCUCACUAGCAUCUCCAUACUCAUACGGUACAUCUCCCUACAACCGAUUUGGUGCAGCUUCAAGCUUCGGCACACCCUAUGGCGGCGGAUACGGAGGAAUGGGAUAUGGAGGAAUGGGAGGAAUGGGAGGAAUGGGAUACGGAGGCAUGGGCUAUGGCGGUAUGGGUUAUGGCGGUAUGGGAGGAUAUGGAGGAUACGGAGGCCUCGGUAUGGGCAUGAUGGGUCCCAACGGAAUGCCCAUGAACGUCGACGCCAACGGAAACCCCAUCCCAAGCCUCUCCCAAACCCUCGAAGCCACAACUCAACACACCUUCACCCUCCUUCAUUCUAUCGUUCAAACUUUUUCUGGCGUUGCACAAAUGUUGGAAAGCACUUUCAUGGCGACUCAUUCCUCCUUCUUCGCUAUGGUCGGAGUUAUAGACCAGUUUGGACAGCUCCGGAAUGCGUUAGGAAGUGUUUUGGGGCUAUUAGGGCUCUUUAGAUGGAUCAAGGAGACGAUAACGGGUAAACCAGCGAUGAAGAGCGAGUUUAAGCAGUUUAUAAACGGGAAACCUGUUCAAGGUCCUUUACCUCCCCCUGGCGCCCCACAGCCACCAAAGGCAAGCAAGAAACCCCUUAUCAUAUUCCUACUCGCCAUAUUCGGUGUACCCUACGCCAUGCACAAGCUUGUCAAAACCCUUGCUGCCCGUGCAGCAGAACAACAGCGAAACGGUGGUGUCCUUCCUCUCAUCCCCGGCCAACCACUUCCUCCACUCGACCCUUCACAACUGACCUUUGCACGGGCAUUGUAUCCCUUCACGGCUUCGAACAACUCAGAGAUAUCGCUGAAAGAAAACGAGAUUGUAGCCAUCAUGGGGAAAUUCGACCCACAGUUGGGGCAAGAAGUCGAUCCUCGACAAGAAAUUGAGAACGCACAAUGGUGGAAAGGGAGAACGAGGGAUGGAAGAGAAGGAUGGUUCCCCAAGAAAUGGGUUGAAGUAUUACAGCGAAAGCAGCCUACUCCGACUUCAAAGUCAGCAGAUUAGCGGAUGCGUUCCUUGACAUAAUUUUUGUGUUCUAUUUUCUUUCCCUCGUUUUCCUCUUCUCUCUCCCCUUUCUCUUUCUCUUUCUCUUCCAUUACUCAGCAUUAAUGCACCCUCUGCCCUCGUUUCUUCUUUGCGACUACAGGUUGUGUAGGUUGGUUACAUUCACAACAGAUACGUUAAUACAUGGAUUUUAUCUACUCA